AUGAAUGAAAUUCUCCUCGUACAAGCUCAAAAUGCUCACAAUCCACCGAGGUUUUUUAUUCAAUUUUCACCGUACAAUAACACGCAAAGUUCAUCUCAGUGCUUCAUUAACUAUCCUGAAAACUCACAAAAUUAUUAUGUCUAUACUGCUGCUGUUGGUAAAAGACCGAAUAAAAACCCAAAACAAUUUUUCUUUGCUGGUGAAUGGAUCAAUGGCAGCAGUCGACCAUUUAUUGGGGUAGCAACAUAUAAUCUAACAAAUCAUCUGUCCGAUUCACCCAACUCUUGUGCUAACAGUUUCUCUUACUCUAUUCAAUAUCUAGACAAUUAUGACCAUCAAGAGUACUAUGUCAUCGGGGUUGAACCGAAAGGCCUUCUUGCCUAUGGAUUUUCGAAUGCAUUUGUCACCAUAUUCGAUUCUCAGAAUGUUUCAACCCUGGAAUCAUGGAAUAGCAGUUUAACAUGGUCAAAUAGUUCAUUUAUACCUCGUGCCGUUGAAAUUAGUGACAACUUCGGUAUCAUCGCCGGCUUCGUUCAAAACGACUCCAAAGAAAGAGUCAAGUAUAGUCCCAUCAUUUAUCUGCUCAAUUUCAAUUCAUCAAAUCGUCGUCCAAUCAUUGUUGACAAAUAUAUAGCAACAGCUACUCCAGGCACAUGGCAAGACUUACUUACCUAUUCGACUGCAAAUAUCUAUUCGGCAAAAAAUAGUAUGUCAAUCAGUAUCAAUAGUCGUAGCGAUGUUUUAGUUGGUAUGCCAUUUAUCAAUCGAGUUUUCUUACUUUCGGUAAACAUUAGUGAUCCGAGGAAAUUAACUUAUAGAAGCAGAAAUACAGGUGGUCGAUCAUUGGGAAAUGGAAAAAGUGUAGCUUGGCUUGAUGAUGGAAACUUGGCUGCAAUACUUGUGAACACUUAUUCAUUAAUGUAUCAGUGGUCAUCAUCUCAGAUAUUUUUCUAUGAUAUGGUAUCGACUACUUAUAAUUCUAACAGUACUCCGUUAUCAGUUUUCCCUAAUUAUCAUCAAUUAGUACCGGAUAGUUUUAGUUCCGUAUUUUUAAAUAUCAUUUCAUCACCAACAUCCCUCAUUUUAAUGGAUGAUAUGGGCAAUUUGCUAAUAUUCAACCCUACACCACCAGGCUACUUUCCAUCAAUAACAAAUACAGGAUCAGUGCCCUUGAUUACAUCCGAAGAAGGUUGUCUACCUGGUAUGUAUAAAGAUCAAUAUGGUAUCAAUGAUUGUAUCCUUUGUCCAACUGGCACAAAAAAUCCUGGCAAUUCUUCAAUUAAAUGUAUGCUGUGUGCAAAUGAAUCAUUUUGCUCUCUUGGCUCAGUGGAUGAAAUACCUAAAUCAGCACUAGAAAACAUCGUACAAGUUAUUGCCUAUCCAAAAUCACCGGAAAGUACCAUAUUUGAAGAAAUUCUAAUCGGAAAUAUGUUCAAUAUAAAAGAAGGACAUUGCGUGGUUGUCUCACCUUUAUUUUGGGCAUUGAUUGUAGCCGCUAUUGAUGUUCUCAUAUUGAUAGUGAUUGCAGUACUGCAUUUUUGUGUCCAUCAUCAAAAAGCUAGUCGAGUAAAGAAAAAAAUACAAUAUAUAUUUAAAAGAACAGAUUUGAUUGGCGAAGGUGAGAUGUGGUUGGGUGGGUUAGCGUCGUUGUCUUUGGUGGUUAUGGUUUGUUUUGCCUGUUCAUUUAGUAAUAUGUUUUACCAUCAAUAUCCAUUUGAAACAUCGUCUGGUUCCUAUUUUGAUUGUGAACAACUAAUUCGUAAUGCGAAAUUCGAAACAGGUCUUCAAUCAUUGGCUAUACCACGUACGCAUACAGAAAAACCUAUGUUCGAUUUGUUAGAUGAACAAAAUUUGAUGCUUCAUGUUGAUUUCAUCAAUACGCUAGUGAUGUGUGAUAGCAUAUCGCUUAGAGGUCUAUUUGGCACGACUUGGUCGACGAUUCGUUGGUCCACGUGUGAAAAUGUUCGUUCAAUUCUAUAUUUAUCGAUUCCACUGCCUUUCCAACUCAUUUCAGUAGAAAUCAUCUUAGCCGAUAUACAGAUUAUUGGUGCUCUACGUAUAGGUCUCAGUGGUCCUUCAUACCAAGAAGAAUUAUAUAAUUUGAAACAAUUCAAUGCUUUUCAAUCUUUUUCAAAGAAUGGAGAUAUUCUAGCACAAACAUUAAAUGUAGGUCUAUCACUAACAAAAGUCAUCAAUGAAACAGUACCGAUGAAGGGCGAAGAGAGCAGCUACACUGGUAUCUACAUAUUUACACCGAAAACUAAAUCAGAUAACUUAUAUGUUUCAAAAGACCAAUACAUUCAAUCAACAGCAAUGGAGACCGUAUUAAAAAUUGAGAUAGAUGAAACACCUUUGUUUGGAAAUACUUGGUCUGGUAUUCCUAUUGUACAAGUUGAUAGUCGAGCCACUUUAUCAUUUACUCAUGCGAAAACUUCAUCUUGGACAUAA